AUGUCUUGGACAGAGAAAAUAUUCAGUAAGAAAAAUAAAAACGAGACACCCAAAUCAGAAUUACCAUCAUCAUUACAGGCAAAUAUGACGAGAAUACCAAUUGAAAUAGAAAACAAGGAACUAAAGACUAAUUCCGAUUCUAAGAAUUCUAGUUUUAUAGAUCAGGAUGACAAUUCUUUGCCACCCAUUAAAUUAUUGGGAUACUCCCCCACAACAAAACAUAGAUUACUGACACCAGAAAUGUGUGAUGAAAUUAGAAGUUUGAUGCCUACAAGGAUCCAAUUGUAUUCUAGUUGGACCUUAUUAUAUUCUUUAGAACAGCAUGGCGCAUCAUUAACCUCUUUAUAUAGUAGGAUAAAGCCAGGUAACAGUGAUGUGCCAGCAAGAACAGGAAGUCGAGUUGGUUAUGUCAUUAUAAUUCAAGAUAGAAAAAAUGGUAUAUUCGGCGGAUAUUCUAACGAAUACUUUCAUCCAACUGAUUCCAGAAGAUACUAUGGUAAUGGCGAAUGUUUUUUGUGGAAGCUGGAGAAAACAAAUAAUAUUUUCAUGUUUGAUAAUAAAGAAGGACGUACCCAACAUGAAUGUAUAAAAUUUCAAGGGUAUCCAUACACUGGUUUAAACGAAUUCAGUAUAUACUGUACCAGUAAUUUCCUAUCAAUGGGCGCUGGUGAUGGUCACUAUGGGUUAUGGGUGGACCAAUCUCUUUUGAAUGGCGUGACCGAUCCUUGCUUAACUUUUGGGAACGAUAUUCUAAGUAAAGAGGGAACUAAAUUUCAGAUUGUUUCCCUAGAAGUAUGGAGGGUUGGAUAA